CGAUUUUUGCUGUCGCAUAAACUGCCCAAGACGCGACACACAAAGGUGUAGUGGAACCAGUGCGACCUGCGACGAUGGACAACAGCACCAGCAGCAGUCGUGGUGGCCGUGGUGGCGGACAGAGCAGCAGAGGCAGGGGUGGCCGCUGUGCUGGCCGCGGUGCUGGUCGCGGUGCUGGUCGCGGUGCUGGUCGUGGUGGCGGCACUGGAAGACGUGGCCGUGGAAGCCGUGGUGGAAGUCGGGGUGGUCGUGGCGGCCGUGGCGGACGAGGCGGACGAGCUGGUGGUGGCGAUCAGCGCCACGUCGACUAUCAAAACUACAACAACAAUGGCAGGCAGCCAUUCUCGGACGACGGCACGUCGUCUUACCAUCAGGCGGCAGACCAAUACCACCAUGGGGCCGCAUCGUAUGAUCCCACAGCGCCUUCCACGCCGCCUUCCACGCGCAGGAACAGGCGCCGAAACAACCGCCGUGACGGCGGACGUGGCAACCGGCACAGUGGUCGCGGCAGCGGGCGUGGUGCGAACGGCCACACGCCACAACACACGCCAUCACGUGGCACCCCGCCGCGUGGAGGUCACAAGCAGCACCAUCGUCACCACAGCCCAGCCCCGGUUCAGGGCCAGCAGCCAUCUUCCCACGCUUCAUCGCACAGAUCGCCGCGCCACAAGCCUUCCGUGUUUGAUCGGCUGGACACCAACCCGGCAGCAAGUGACCAUGGGCGACAAGCGCACAGCCGUACGUCCGCCUACCAGCACCACCAUCAGCGGCACCAACAACAGCAGAAGCAGCAGCAGCACCAUCAGCAGCAGCAGCAGCAGAAGAAGAAGAAGCAUACGAAGAAGAAAGCACCUCAACAGCAGCAACAGCAGCACCAACAGCAGGAACAGCAACACCAACAGCAGCAACAACAGCACCAACAGCAGCGCCAGCAUCAUCAUCAUCAUCCGCAUGCAAGCCCUCGCACUCAGCACCACGAUGCAAGGCACUCUGCCGAUAAGAACGCCAUGAGCUCGGGCGACAAGAACGCAGCGCACGCCUCCCACCGAUCCCCACAUGUGCAGCACUUUCCGACGACAGUGGACGUCAUGUCAACAAUUCCUCCGCGCCCUUCCCAGGAGCAGUUUGAUGCCCUCUCCCAAGGGCUGCAGCGGCACUUUAAUCACACGAUUCUGCCGGCCCAUGAAGCGGAGGAGCGGGAAGAUUUGGUGGCCGACUAUGACGCUGCCAUUGCGGCGUCGGGCAUAUUCCCUCGCUGUGCGCGCCUGUUUGCCUUUGGGUCAUCUGGCAACGGCUUUGCUGCCAACCACAGUGACGUUGAUCUAUGCUUGCAGGUGGACAUUGAGCAGGACGAGUACUUUGUUGACCGCCGUGUGCUCAAAUCCGACUACUACUACAGCGAGGACGAAUAUGGUGAUGACGACGACGACGACGACGACGAUGAUGAUGAUGAUGAUGAAGCUUGGGAGGACGAUGAUGAUGAUGACGAUGAAUUGGAGGGCAAUGAUCAUGAAGAUGAUGAUGAUCAUGACGAUGAUGAUCAUGACAUGGCUGCGUUGGAGCAACACCUUCAAGGGUUUCAAGUGUCUUCUUCCCCAAACGGCUCUCCUGAGCAUGAUGGCCACCAUAACGAUGAUGACGACGACGAUGAUGAUGACGAUGAUGAUGACGAUGAUGAUGAUGAGGAUGACGACGACGAUGACAACUUGAUGUUGGGCCUCGACACAGCCUCCCUGGGGCUCCCAUCUUACAUGGUGCUUGAUCUCAUCCAACAAGCACAACUCGGUGACCCCACGGCGCUUGCUGUCCUCGGCCCAGACGUUGACCUGGACCAAUACACCUUUCGGCGCGGGGAUGCUCAUGAUGACUACGAUGACUUCACACACCGCAUCUAGCCCUUGAGGAGUGGCGUGCUUGCUCGCGCUGCUUGUGUAUGUGUGCGUGUGUGCGUGUGUGUCUGUGUGUACAUGUGUGUGUCUGUGUACAUGUGUGUGUGUUAUGAACGGCAGCUCGUUUGUUUGCAAUUGGACUUCAGCCGUUUCUUUUGCGUUGCUUCCACGUGAUGCGUUGUUGUGCCUUGUUGGCUGCUGCACAUAGCAUGGUCAGAUUGCGUUCGUCUAUUUCUUCGAGUACAAAAGGAUGGUUGGUGGGAUUUCAUGCACGCAUCACAAACAGUGUGAAGUACCGCGAUUACACCCUGCAUUAGUGUCGCACUCCACCACCACCACGAC